GUAGCCGAUAGGAAAGACAUAGGCGAUUGCCAGGGAGUUCCUGGAAACACCAGGAAUUGUUUUUGCAGUGAAUACCCCAAGUAAGCCUUCGAAAAGCCAACGCCGAUAAAUGCUGUGCAGUUGUAAGCCUAUUAGGCUAUUGACCUGAGAAGUCGAGUGAACACCUAUCUAGAAGCUCAAAUGCCAACGUGAGAAAGAGAUUGGAAAUCUCACAGCAUGGCGUCAGAGAGGGGCCACGCGGAAGUCGCGAAUCUGCAACAAAAAUGCCGAGGCGACUUGGCGGACGCGGAGGAUUGGAGUCCACUGCACGCGGCAGCACUCCGCGGCGACGCCGACGCCGUCAAAGUCCUGUUGGACGACGAGUGCGACGUGAACGCGAGGGGGGAAGCGGGACUGACGCCGCUGCACGUGGCGGCACUGAAGGGCCACGCCGACGUCGUCAGGCUGCUACUCGAGCACGCGAGUGACGUCACCGUUGCCAACGAAACGGGCUGGACCCCUCUCCACCUCGCGGCGCAGGACGGCCACGCGGACGUCGUCCGACUCCUGCUCGACGCCGACGCCAACGUCAACGCGAGGAGCAAAGAGGGCUCCACAGCGCUGAACGUGGCUUCGCAAAACGGCCACGCGGCAGUGGUGACGCUGCUGCUUGCCGCCGAGUGUGACGUCAGCGUGGAGGGCGAGGCGACUCUGACGGCGCUGCACUGGGCUGCCAUGAACGGGCACGCCGACGUCGUGCGGCUGCUGCUGGAAGCGUCCAGCGACGUGAACGUGAAAAGUCGGACGGGCUCGACCCCCUUGUACCUCGCUUCGCUGAACGGGCACGCCGUCGCCGUGGCCGCCCUGCUAGGGGAGCCCAAGUGCGACGCGGACGUCAAGGACAUGGUCGGCUCGACGCCGCUCAAGGUGGCCGCGCUCAAGGGGCACGCCGAGGUGGUGAGGCUGCUGCUGGCCUCCGAGUGCGACGUGGACGCGAAGGACAACACGGGCAUGACGGCGCUGCACACGGCGCUGCUCAACGGCCACGCGGACGUCGUGAAGCUGCUCCUGCAGAGCAAGUGCGACGCGAACGUGACGAACGAGACGGGGGUCACGCCGCUGCACAUCGCGUCGCAGCUCGGCCAGGCCGAGCUCGUCAAGCUCCUGCUCGAGUACGAGGGCGUCGCGAACGUGAAGGACGACGUCGGAGCCACGCCCAUGCACGUGGCGUCGCUCUACGGCCACGCGCCCGUCGUCGCGCUGCUGCUGGAGCACGACUGCGACGUCAACGCGAAGAACGAGGCCGGCUUCACGCCGCUGCACCUGGCCGCCCUCAACGGGUACGUCGACGUCGUCAGACUGCUGCUGGGACACAAGUGCGACGUCGACGGCCAGAACGAGACGGGCUGGACUCCGCUGCACCUGGCGGCGCAGGACGGCCACGAGGACGUGGUGCGGAUGCUGCUGGACUGCCCGUGCGACGUCAAGGUGAAGGACAAGGAGGGGUCGACGCCGCUGCACGGCGCGUGCGAGAACGGCCACGUCGGCGUCGUCGCGCUGCUGCUGGACCGCCACUGCGACGUGGACGGCAAGAACGACCUGGGCUGGGCGCCGCUGCACCUAGCGUCGCAGAACGGCCACGUCGAGGUGGCGAGGCUCCUCCUGGACCGGAAGUGCGACGUGAACGCGGAGGGGCUGGUGGGGGCGACGCCCCUGCACGUGGCGUCCCUGUACGGCCACGCCGAGGCGGUGCGGCUGCUGCUGGACCACCAGUGCGACGUCAACGUCAAGGCCGAGAAGGGCGUGUCCCCGCUGCACGUGGCGUCCGAGUACGGCCACGCCGAGGUGGUGCGCCUCCUGCUGGACGCCAAGUGCGACGUCAACGGCAAGGAGGCCGAGGGGCUGACGCCGCUGCACUUGGCCUCCAAGAACGGCCACGCCGCCGUGGUGGCCCUGCUGCGGGGACGCGAGUGCGAGGUGGACGCGAGGGGCGCGGAGGGGGCGACGCCGCUGCACGUGGCCUCGCUCUUCGGCAGGCUGGAGGUGGUCGAGCUGCUGCUGGAGUACGAGUGCGACGCCGGCGCGACGGACGUGUUCGGGGUCGCGCCCCUCCACUUGGCCGCCCUCAACGGGCACGCGCACGUCGCCAAGCGGCUGCUCGAACACAGGUGCGACCCCAACGUGCAGGACAAGAAAGGGGUGUCGCCUCUGCUCGUGGCCACGGAGAACGGGCACGCCGAAGUCGUCAAACUGUUGCUCGCGUACAAGUGUGACGUCAACGUCAGGGACCAUAUGAGUUUCUCUCCGUUACAUGUGGCGUCACUGAACGGACACAGUGAAGUGGUGAAGAUUCUGAACGAGCAUAAGAGUGAUGUGCAGGGACGAGAGAAGGUCUUGAAAAGUAAGAGGGCGCAGUGGGUGUGCUGCCUACCUCAAUGGUUAACGCGACGAGUUUGAUCCUACACUCUCAUCCUUCAAUCGACGUUUUAUCAAUAUUCAUUGGCGUUUGUGCUCAUUGAUAGAGUUUUGAUAAGAAUUUGUUAACACGAAAUUGGCAAUAAUGUUUUUAUAACAAACAAAAAUGUUAAUACGCUUAUUAAUGAGCACAAACGUCAAUACGUUAUUUAUUGUACAAUAACUCAGUACGAGUCUGAGAGUGUACCCAACUACGACGCGAGUGUCGAAGGUUCAAUCUCACGUGAUACAAUCCAAGUGAGUCUCAACCCGCAGCAGCUUAAACAACGGCAAAAGACAAUACACAAUGCUGAACUGAUAAUUUAGAAAAUUCACUCGUAGUAUGUUUUUUAUAAAAAUCUUGAGUUUUACACAAACUUGUCAUUAAUUUAUUGUAAAAAUAAACUUUACCAGAACGUC